CUGCAGGUUGUUUUUACUGCUAAUAUGUAUGCUUUGCACACAGCCGGGUAGGUCCCAGGAUCACAUCAAACUAAAGAGGCUUACCAAAGGCCUGAUAAAAGCCAUUGCAGAAGCCAAUGCUGGAACAAAAUAUGGAUCUGAAUGGGUUCCAGCACUGGGGAAAGCUCUCGAAGAGGUGCAUAGGGCAUCAUCAAGGCGAUGUUUUCUGUAUAGUUUUCUGAAAAAGAAAGUGAACCUGCUUUGCCCAAAACCUCCCACAUAUUAUCCCUCGUGUUAUCCAAAUUGCAAUCCACCCCCACCUCCUCCACCGCCACCGCCUCCACCACCCCCUCCUCCUGCUAAGCCAUCACAAAAUCCAAAACCUCCUCCGUCACCUCCAGCAAUGAUAUCGCCGCCUCACCAGUCCAAGGAACUGGUAUACCCAGACGGAUCCUACUUUCCUUGGUGUUACGUGCCCUUCUGCCCAAGCAUCUGCCAACCACCCUACUGCUAUCCUUGCGUAAAACCCCAGUGUGAUCCCAAAUGUGUCCCGCCAUCGUGCUAUCCAGCCUGCUAUCCACCCGCAUGCCAAUUGCCACCAACUUGUUGGCCACCAUAUUGCCCAAAAAAAUGCAACCCUCCCAAAUGCAUAGCCGGAAACGUAGAAAGAGUGUCACGGGCCUGUGUGCCACCCUACUGCCCACCACCAAUGAAUUGUGUACCGCCCUACUGCCCCAAGGUCUAUAAGCCUCCGUCGGCCAGAACUUUCGCAGGAAUCGGAUCGUGUCCCAUGCGAGAUAUCGUAAGAAGAGCUAGUAGGGAUUGAUGGCUGCCAGGCAUCAGCACCAAAUAAAAAGCAGAGAGAGCUGAGAGCUAACUGAAAAUGUGUUUCAAUUAAUUUAACCUUA